AUGGCAAACAAUACAAACAAUAUCAAUCUUAAUACAACGACGAAUAGUCGACCAAAUACCAGUCCAUUACCUCAUCGAGAUCUUCUACAUCCUAAAAAAUUAGCAUCAAGAUUGGGCGGUGUUGGUACAACACAAGAUAGUAGUUUUUCAUCGGAUUCAAAUAGUAUCUAUCGACAAGGCUCGGCUGAAUCAAACUAUAGUCAACAAUCAUCAGAAAGUUUAGAUGGUGAUACAGUUGAAAGAGAACGAGAACCGACAGUACCAACCACAACAAGUGGUUUAUCAUCAUCAAUAAAACCUCGUGAUCAAACUCGUUCAGCAACAGAUGCACUCGAACGAUGUAAAACAAAGCCUGUUGCUUUUGCUGUUCGAACAAAUAUUGAAUAUAUUCCAUCAAGUGAUGAUCUUUGUCCUAUUGCUAAAGCAGCAAUUGCUUUUCCAGCAAAAGAAUUUCUUCAUAUAAAAGAUAAAUUUAAUAAUGAUUGGUGGAUCGGUCGAUUAGUUAAAGUAGAUGCAGCACUUGGUUUUAUUCCAAGUCCAGCUAAAUUAGAAAUGAUUCGUAUACAAUCAAAUCGAAAAAAUAAAAAUCAAUCACAAUCAUUAGCAAAUACAACAUCACGUAUUAAAGCAUCGACACAAAGUCUUGAUGCUAUUGAUCAGAAUAUUCCUGGUUUUGGUGAUGAUACAUUAGGCAAUGAUGGUGAUGGUGAUAGUCUUACAAAAUCAAAAUUAAAUAUUAAUGCUAAUAAAGAUAAAAAGAAAACUUUUUUCAAAAAGGCUGUAAACAUUACUCCCUAUGAUGUUGUACCUAAUAUGCGUCCUGUUGUACUUGUUGGUCCGUCUUUAAAAGGCUAUGAUGUAACUGAUAUGAUGCAAAAAGCUGUUUUUGAUUUUUUAAAACAUCGUUAUGAAGGUCGAAUAAUAAUAACACGUGUUACAGCUGAUAUAUCUCUAGCUAAACGUGGUCUUUUAAAUAAUCCAUCAAAAAUUGCACUUAUUGAACGUGGUGCACCAUCAGGUGCUAAUACUAAUUCAUCUGGAACAUCAUCUGGUAUGGUGAGUCCAAUGGGUACAACACGUUCAACUGGUAUAAAAGAAGUUCAUGAUGAAAUUGAACGUAUAUUUGAAUUAGCACGAAGUCUUCAAUUAGUUGUACUUGACUGUGAUACUAUAAAUCAUCCAGCUCAAUUACAAAAAACAUCUUUAGCACCAUUAAUUGUUUAUUUAAAAGUUGCCUCACCAAAAGUUUUACAAAAAUUAAUUAAAUCACGUGGUAAAAGUCAACACAGAAAUCUUAAUGUACAAUUAGUUGCUGCUGAUAAAUUAACACAAUGUUCUACAGAUAUGUUUGAUUUAAUAUUAGAACAAAAUCAAUUAGAAGAUGCUUGUAAUUGUUUAGCAAAUUUCUUGGAUAACUAUUGGAAUGCAACACAUCCAAAAUUAGAUGAAAAAAAUGAAUUAACAAAUGAUUCAACACAUGUACCACCACGUCCAACAGCUGCACUAAUCGCUCAUAUACCACAAAUAACUCCUCCAGGAGCAAUACCAGUUAUUACAACAACAACUACACGUCUUCUUCCAUCAUCACCACUUGUUAAUGAUAUAACACAAUCACAUCUAUUACCUCAACGAACACCAUCACAAUUAUCGACUCAUAGAUACGGAACUGGAAGUAUGGGAGGAGGUCUUCUUCAACGAAGACCAUCAACAAUGACUCCUGAUUACUAUCGACAAGCACCACCGCCGUUACCACAACCACCUGUACCUUCUUAUGAUGACGAACGUUUUGCCCAUUAUGAAAUGGCCAAUUUUCGAUAG